UCUCUUCAGUUUCAAUGGAAUUCAUACUAAUAUUUAUUCUUCUCGAACCAAAUUUUCGACGCUGUUUAAACCUAAACUCGGGUUAAACGACUCAAACCAAAUUAAAAAUCUUGUCAGCGGACAACGGUCGCGGUCCAUGAGUGACCGAAUCACCGCCCACUGUUGGUGUUCCUGUGUUUGGCGAAAAACUUAGAUCUCCCGGAUUAUUAUCAACAGAUUAAUGCUGCAAAGGUGAUAGAAAUUCUCCGCGGCAGUGACGUUCAAUUAGUGAAUGAGUAGAUCCAGAAAUUGUCUGAAUGACAUUGCGCACCGGCGUUGAACCAAUGGACGGGCAGCCAAUCGUCGGUGUACCUAUAAAGCGAGCGCUGCCGGUGUUGAUAUAUCAUAUUUUUGACAAGAAAGACGACUGAAGUUUCACAAGAUGUAGCAAAUCACUUAAUAAUCGUUACCUUUUCUCAUCGCAAAGAAAACUUCUCCAGAAAUUCCAAUGUAGACUGGAAAAAUAUUUCAACGUUUUAGAAAAAAAAAUCGGAUUGGCUUUCAAUAUGGAAUAUCUUAUACCUGUUUUGCUACUCUGGACGAGUAUAUGUGUAACUUUAGUGCAUUCAAUCGACUUUCCGGUAUCAGAAAAGUAUUCGACGUGUCCCAAGAAAUGUGACCUGUCUAAAUGUAAAAAAUUGAGUUACUGCGGGGGGACCAUAAUAAAGGAUGAGUGCGGAUGUUGCCAGAUAUGUUCCUCAGAUACCUGGAUUCACCCCAAAGUCUCCUCCGUGAAACAAGGUGGUGCGUGUGAACAAGUGAAAUGCCCAAAAAUGAAAGUCUGUAUGGAGAACAUGCAAGGUCUACCCUUAUGCACUUGCCCGAAUUUGUUCAUAUGUAGACGAAGUAACAAACAAGUUUGCGGAAGUGACGACAACACAUACCAGUCUCGUUGUCAUAUGAGAGUAGCGUCAUGCACACUUGGUAAACGCAUACGAGUAAAGCAUAAGGGCGCUUGUGGAAUGGUUGCCACCGAACACAGUGGUGCUAAUAAAUACCCGGAUGGAGAAUUCGACAUUCGUAGUCGUCGACGGAAAGAAAGAAAGCUUGAAAAGAAAAAAAGACGAUUAGAAAGACAAAGAAGAAAGAGGCGAAAUAGGAAGAAGGCAAGGAAAAAUAAAGAUAAAAAAUCAAAGAGUAAAAAUAAAAAACGUAGAAAGAGGCGACACAAUAGACACAAUAAAAGAGGACUAUCAAAAGGAAGAACAGGAAAAUUAAAAACAAGGACGUGAUAAAACGCCGUAUAGAACAGUGAAUAAUUAUUUAUUGUGUUAAAAUUCUUUUGUCAAAGUUUAUCCUUAAUAUUGUCGGUCAGUAUUUAAAUUCACUACAGUUCAAUUUAUCUUUUUACUAGAAAAUGCCAAAAUACCAAUACAUUUGUACAUAAUUUACAUGUACUUAGAUAUAUUUAAAAGUUUUAUCUUUGCGGGGAAAUGUUUUUAAAACCAACCUUUUUAAUCAAUUUAUACAUAUGAUGUACGUUGUAUUUUGUUAGCCUCAAAGGCAGUAAUUUGUAGCUUUUCUCGCAAUUUAAAAAUAAUUUCAGUUGUUUACUUAUUUUUGUAAUAAACUUUAAAAAGCAA